GCCAAAGUAACCGACCGAAGAGCCCGCGACGCGCCGCUUUUCCCCACCGAGCGCUGCUUUUCGCACUCGACGUCUCUUCCUCCACGGAUAGCCCGUUCCCUCCGGCGCGUUAAACGCCCCGAACUCUUGACGAGUGUUCGAAAUCGUGGCGCGCUCGUCCUCCGGGAUAUUAAACCGAAAUUCAACAUUUCAAAGGUUCAUUCGAUGAUAUGAUUCUUACAACUUAUGCUUCACGGUCUUCUAUCACGACGGAGAUAAAAAAGCAUUGCUUGGAAAACACGUAAUAAAAACACAUCGAAUCAAAAUAACAGUUGAGUGCAUGUGAGUGACGGACUUUUUCCAUAUUCAAUCUUCUGCGGAUGGGAAUUUUGUACUUUUGGAAAUUCCGCUGAAACGAGGCCUAGGAAGUUUCACUUUUUACUCCGAAUAAGAGUACGCUCGACCGAGACGAGGAUUAUCGAUACGAAGGAUGGCGUCGCGAGGGACAACGAUGCGAGGAAAAAGAAGCGUCACGAUGUUGGCGGAUGUUUUCACUGAAAUUCACGAGAGCGCAGACGCUUAAUUAAUUCUUAUCGUUUCGUCAUAUCUCGCGAUGAACAAUCGAAAUUCAUUACGAAUUUCGCAUCGCCUACGUGAACGGGUGUGAUGCGAUAACUUCCGGCAUGCCAGCAGCGAUUCCAAUAUCAUUUUUUCUACGUGCAAUAAUAAAAUUCGAUUCGUCGUUACUCGAUUGGAAAAACGGGUUUAUAUCGUCGCCCUGCUCGACGUGUCGUCACAAACCUCAAGCCCAAAUGUGAUCAGCCAAAUUGCGGGUUUAUCUGUUCCGAGAUGUGUUCCGAGAAUUGGAUGAUGGGAAUCUCUCCAUAGAUCGAGAAUGAUGGGAUAAAAAUCACUCGCGAAACCGAUGCUGCGAGAGACGUCGAAUGAGGUCUAAAGUUAUCGCGCGAGUUAUUCAUUUCCCCAUUAAUUAUACCAACAGCAAAACAUAUUCUAAUCGACGAAACCGAAGAUGUAAUCGCGUCAUCGUAAUUAAAAAAAAAAAAAAUAAACCCCCCACGUAUAAAGUGACUGACACCGAACCAACUAAUGUGCUGUAAAAGAAUGUUGAUUCGUCAUAAAAUGCAAAAAAAAAGCAGGAACCACGAAUUGGGAAAUUCCACUGAAACGAGAAUCACAUAUUUCUAUUUAACGGGGGAUGACGAAAUGCUGGAUCUGCCGAGUGCCUGAAGAGCUCGACGAUCCUGUUCCGCAACAAAGAUCCCCACGAAUCCUCCAAGCCGUGAAAUUCGUAGCGAAAGGAGUUCGACGAGCGGGAUAAAACAAUCGAGGAAGGUCUCCGGACGCAGAUAGAUGCUCGGGUUGCCAGCAUCGACGGGGACAUUGGCGUACUGGAGGAGACGAGAAAACGACGAGGAUGACGUAGUCGGAAGAGCGGGGGGCGCUUGGGAUGCUCCGGACUUCCGGUUAGGAUCGUAUGGAGGGGAAGUACGCAAUCACGGAAAGCACCUGGCUUCUCAAGCUUACGACGACCAUCGAAAAUCCCAGUCACGGCAAUUUUUCUCGGGGCUUUCCCGGAAAACAUUCGCCGUACACGACUACCCAGGCAAUCCUAAUUGCUUUGAUAUUGGGAAGCAUCGUAAUAGGGACAGUGAUCGGCAACAUAUUGGUUUGCGUCGCGGUAUGUCUCGUGAGAAAGCUGCGUCGACCGUGCAAUUAUUUGAUCGUCAGUCUGGCGGUGAGUGAUCUCUGCGUGUCGCUUCUCGUCAUGCCAAUGGCACUCUUGUAUGAGAUUCUGGGAACUUGGUCCUUCGGACCGAUAAUGUGCGACCUGUGGGUGAGCUUCGACGUUUUAAGUUGUACCGCAAGCAUUCUCAACCUCUGCAUGAUAUCGCUCGAUAGGUUUUACGCAAUUACAAAGCCACUGGAGUACGGGGUAAAGAGAACACCGAGGCGAAUGAUACUGUGCGUGAGCCUCGUUUGGCUAGUCGCCGCUUGCAUAAGUCUUCCGCCGCUUUUGAUACUCGGCAAUGAGCACAUCGAUCCCAAAUCCGGCGAUCCGCUGUGCACCGUCUGUCAACAUUUCGGAUAUCAGAUCUACGCGACCCUCUGUAGUUUCUACAUGCCGCUAAUCGUCAUGAUGUGGGUCUAUUACAAAAUUUUUUGCGCCGCACGGAAAAUCGUCUUGGAGGAGAGACGGGCCCAGAGCCAUCUCGAGGCUCACUGUUAUCUCGACAUCGAACCACCGGCUGUGACCCAUCACGUAUCGUCCGUUGUCGAGCGUCAAUUGAAUUCGGAUUCUCAGACGACUCAUGACAGCCCAUCGAUAAAGCAGCACAGGAGCUCAAGCGCCUCGACCACGUGCAGCGUGCAUACAGUGAGAUGCUUCGCGGGUGGACCACGAAAGAGCAACGAGUCUCAGUGUCCGAUGCUGCAGAAGAGCGAUAAAGCUGUGAUGGGCUCAACAACAAUGACGAACCUGACGACAACGAACAAAUCAUCGAUUGUCAGGAAUCAUCUAAACAACGUUACGAAUUCGCCACAUCAGAAGAAGCUCAGGUUUCAAUUGGCCAAGGAAAGAAAGGCGAGCACGACACUUGGUAUAAUUAUGACCGCGUUCACCGUAUGCUGGUUGCCGUUCUUCGUUCUCGCACUCGUCAGGCCCUUUCUCAACGAUCAAAAGGCAAUACCUUCGUCGCUUUCCAGUCUUUUUCUUUGGCUCGGCUAUUGCAACAGUCUCUUUAAUCCGAUAAUUUACGCGACCCUGAAUCGCGACUUCCGCAAGCCCUUUCGCGAGAUUCUCUACUUCCGUUGCGGCAAUCUCAACAAUAUUAUGAGGGAGGAGUUUUACCAAAGUCAAUACGGGGACCCGGUCAAUAAUUACGUCAUAAGAUCGACCGAUCAGGAGAGCGGGGAGCGCCUCGAGAACCACGCUUGCAGCGGCCUUUGCGGACGCGAGUCACUCGACAUCGCUGGCAACCCAGCCAACGAGAGUUUUCUAUGAUCCACGUGAAGCGAUUGAUCACGAACUCGUGGGCUUGACGAUCGAUCGACAUCAUUUUCACGAUCUUCGGAUUGAUUUACCAAACGAAUAAUAUUCUUGACUCAACGCUUUCAGGAAUGAGCAAGAAUCGGAUGAAUUGUUUAUUUUCAUUGAGCGAUUUCGUUCAGGGAUAUUUAGGAACCGGGAUCCACUCGACGGAGGCACGGAUAAGCUUCGGGCAGACUUUCCACAUCGCGAACUCUCCGAUCCCAUCGAUCGAAAACUCCCAUCGCUCCCAUGAGUUCCCUUCUUCGUCACGUGAGUCAUUGCUUGAGUUGCAAACCGCUCAUUCGCUGCAAUCAACGCACACUCGUCGUCGAGGACUUCUCGUAGUCAUUUUAAAAGCCCCCGCGCGAACCGCGACGUCGAAACCCUGAUUUCUCGCGCUUGGAACGACGUCAAAUACGCGAUGCUAAACUCCAAAGUGCGGAAUAACGUAUCUCGUAAGAUCCUUUCGGAAGUACGAGGAGCCGAAAUGUUGAGGGCUCAGGCCUCGAGCAUGAUAUUAAAGAAAUAAGAGAAUAAAUGAGUUGGGUUCGUAAAUUUAGUUUCUCCGUUUUCGCGUCGUUGGAAAACGACGAGCUCCAUCGAUCGUGAGUUGCAGCAGAGCGAGCGAAUUAAAUUCUCAACAAUGGAGCGAGCAGAGCCUCUCCGUUCUUACGACUGGCCGAAAGAAUCGCUGCUGAGAACUGCGAGAGAAGAUUGAGAGGGGGAAACCCGUAUACAUAACCGGUGAAAAGCGUGGCGCGAAAAAACGAUGAAAUAUUCAUGAGAGAAGAAAAAAAUUGGCCACUCUGUAUGCGUCCGCAGGAUUUCGACUGCUUCUCGCCCUUUACGAUUAUUUUCAGUUUUUUAUUUUUUUCCCGUCAUUGCCGAGACGACAAAGGUCAUUGAGAAACGGAAAUACCCAAACAAAUGAACCGGUGACCACGGACAAUGGACACCGGAGAACGGCGCAGUGGACAGAGCGGAACAAUAACAAAAAAAUAUUAAAACUCCCGGACGCGUCGGUGAGCUUUCACCGCGUCCGUACGAGCCCCAAAGCCCGUGGAUGCCACCUGGAUUUGAUUAAUAACCGUGCCAGACGAGAAAGUAUAACGAGUCGAUCGGUCACCGUUCAAUACGUGCGGUGAAUUUACGAAUUAUUAACGAUGUAAUUCACUGCGAUACUGAAUAUUGGAGAAAAUAUCGAAAUUGUAGAUAAAAAUUGUUCUUUGACGAUCGAAUUCGACAGGAAUUAUUUGUAAUCGGGCUGUUGGGUAAUACCAGAAAUACGAAAUAACAUUUGUGGAUUUACAAUCGUGGCAAAUAUUCGUUAAGCAAGGUAGAGUUUAAACGAGCAUUUUAUUGGAGCAUAAACGCGCGUUUCGUUUAAAUCCAUUCGUUUCAUCAACUAACAUCUGGGAAUGAUUUUUUCUCGUUUCUUUAAUGCUGAUGGAUUUUCUCAGAGCAGCAGACAUUAUUAGGGGUAGAUCUUUGUAUUCGUAAACGCGAAAACGUUUCUGUGCCGCUUGCUUAAUUAGCGGAGAAUCUGCCAAUUGAGGAGAAAGGUGAAUCGAUAAAUUCUUUGAACUUGACUCAAUAUCGUAGUACUGCUAUGAAAAAAAAAAUCGAUUCCGCAGACAGCUUCGUACGCGUUUCGAAAAAUCUUCACCCGAGCCCAAAUAAAAUUAAAAUCUUACGCUUCGCUUGAUUUCAAUUUUUUAUCCUCAGCUAGUAACAAAUUACAUGAGCAAAUGGAACGCGGUUGGUGAAAAGGCUGAGCGUAACAGGCUCCCAAAAAUUGGUUGAAAAACUGAUCAAAUUUGAGAGAAAAUAUCGAAGAAUUUUCCAUUCACGAAUUUCGUCUGCUCUCCCAAUAGUGUUUCCGUCUUUUUUCUUCGCCUGUGAAAUGAUUAUCCACGAUUCGUCUCUGAUAUAAAUCAAAUAAUUUUAUUCGUUAAAGUAUAAAGCGGUGACAAAACGAGGACGAUGCUAGCAUUGCGAUUGCGUUGGAAUCAAAGUGCGAAUGCUUGUAUUUUGAAUACACGAAUUUUGGGGUGCGUAUUUUUCCGUCUGUCCGAAGAGAGCAGCGUGUGUAGGACAUCGAUCGUUUCAAUGGCCUAUAAGAAGACAAUGACAAAGUGAAUGUACUCGUCGUACAGAGAGCUGAAGAGACGUGUCAAAUAGCUUAUUGAAAUUGAUAAAGCUCAAUAAAACAUCGUAAUAAAGAAAAAAGAAGAUAAAAAUCAAUUAGUCUUAAUGCGUGUAAUAGAAUCGAUAAAUUUGUGUAGAAAUAUCGUUUAAAAACACUCACAAACAAGGACACAAACACACAUACUCGAAAACAUGGAAGCUUGAGAAAGAAGCGGAAUCGCUUAUCAAAUGUCACUUCUUCGAUCAGUGUGCAAAAAAAGUCAGUAUCAAUUUGUAUUCUAGAACAAAAUUAAUGCAAAACACAAUCACUUCUGAGUCUCAGCAUCAAUCAUUUCUGUAGAGACAUCGUUGAAAAAAAAAAAACACAAAAAAAAAUUCAAUGAAAAACAGCAAAAAUAAGAUACUUCGUCGACCUGUACGUUUCUCUGUCCAGCCUACGUGAAGACACUCCCACCCAGACAUAUGCAUGGUACGCCGCGAUACAUAUGUGUAUAAUAAAUAUAAAAAUAGUAGCUACGAUAUACGUACUGUGAUAUAAAUAGAUGACGAUAUGGGAUGAUUGUUAUGGGGAAAAAAAGAUCAAUGAAUGCGUUUGAAUGCUUGAUUAAAAACAGACACACAUACACACACACACACAAAUAUGAUGAAUAAGUCCCUUCGUUUUCCAAUCGUUUAUGAUUUAACGUAUACGCAAUCGAUAAUGCGUGCGUGCAUUGUCGAACGAUCGUUUGUUACGACGAAAAUGAUGAUUUAUCUUUGUAAAAGUACUGAAUUUUGCCUUAAUUGAUAAUUAUUCUGUCGUUUGUGCGAGUGGAAGAAUAAUUAUUGAAUCAUUAGCCAUAAAUAUACUUAUACACAUAAUAUUAUGAUUGUCGAACUAUACGUGCUCGUCGGAUUUUUAUGUAUUUAAGGGAGCGAACCGCAUCAACGUGUCGAUAGAUCUUUUCAUUUGCUCGACAAAUCUCACACGACACUCGACCCUCAUUUUUCACUCCUCUCGCAUGGACGAUCUUUUCCAAAAAGUGUACGGAAAUUUAUCAAGAUUGCGUACAAAUGAAAAGACCUAUUAUUUGGAAAUGAUCCAACUCUUUCUUCGCACUAUUCUAUCACAUUGAUUAUGCUCGUAGCCUUAAUAUGUAUUAUACGAUUGUACACUUCUGUAACUCAAUCGGAAAGAAGAUGAUUAUGAAGAACGCAGACACUCGGAGUUGCGACUAGUUCCUACAAUCACUGAUGUAUAAACGAAGCGAGCAUUGACGUGGGUGUUAAAGGCAACAAAGACGUAUCAUUGGCCAGACAAUCCUAGACGUUACACAGUCAAUGAAUUAUAGUAAAUUAACAGAUUAUCUAAACGAAAA